ACUUCUUUCUGUUGCAGCCGCUUCCUCCACCGCCAUCGGGUUACAGGCCAUCGCCGCCGUCCACUCCGAAGUUGACUCCGGCGUCGACCCCCUCGUCAUCCCCGCGUGUGUCAAUGUCAAAUUCGUCAUCGCCAUCACUACCUCGACCGCGGUCGAGGCCUCCGUCGACGAACAUGGGUGCACCCCGGACCCUGCAUCACUGCGCAUUCCCGUCGAUCUCUUCGACGCUCUCGCUUCUCGAAGAGCGUGAGUCGGAAAACGAGAAGCGCAGCGGCGUGCUGGUCCAGCCUGGUGACGAUCACUUGAGCACAGAAGGCACUGUGCUUGCCCACCCGCCUGCGCGUAAGAGCAGCAUUGAGGUACUCAAGACCAUGGAGACCGAGACGAAGCGCACUCGUCCGGCCCUUGGUCUGUCGAUGGCGACGUCCUCGCCACAACUACGGACUCUUGCAGAGCUCGCUAAUAUCCCUGCAUCUCCCAUCAGCGUCAGCUCUACUCGUAGUGUGUCGCACAGGCCCUCAGUCGCGUCCCUUGCGCCAUUAGCUCCAUCACCAUUCAUGUCUAGUUCGGUCUUGCUUCCGCCCGCUACACUGGAAGAAGAGACAGUUCUUCCAAGCAGUUCGCGAUGGUCAAUGGAUUCUACGGACCCAGACGCCAGUCGUCGUCCAAGUGUCUCCGCUCCAGCGACGCCGCCUUCGCCGCCUGCCAAGCCAAAGCGCAGCCGGUUGCUGAGCUUCAUUUCGCGCGGUCGUGCCAGCUCCCUCGGUAAGCGCGGUGAUAGCAUACCCCCGACGCCGGUACUUCCGGACUCUUCAGAAUCCGACUCUGUCCUAUUGUCACCAACGGAGACGAUCUCCGGUCGUGCGUCAGCGUCAGUGCUGUCAUUGUCACUGAGCUCACGUAGGGCGAGCCGUUCAGGUACCUACCCGCCGCCCCUCUCGCUUUCCACGUCAUCAAUGACGAUGUCGACCACCUCGUCAGCUUCGACCUUGCCUACUCCCACUGACUCGCAGUCGGAUGUGACGCUGGACCCCUUCUGCCCUGCGUCGCCGACCUUUGCGCCAGCGUCUUACCUUCCUGAGCCACCAGCUCCCGAGCCAGAAAGCUUUGUUGAAGUGGAAGACGACGUACCCGAGAAGCCGACGCUUCCGCUACCCUCGCCGAGCCAGCCGACCGUGUCAUUCUUCCACCCCGAACCGCCGUCAACAAACUUCCUGAGCGCACUCACACGCCGCAAGAUGCGCCGCCGCAAGAGGAAGCUUGUCGUGACCUGUCUCAGCGGUGAGGUUUUACCUGAGGGCGAGGCGAACGCGGAUCUCGCUGCCUUCCGUCGCGAGCGGGACCUUCGCCGACGGCACGAGGCCAUCAGGCACUGGUGUGAGAGCUUCGGGUCUCUGCGGCGUUUCGAGCGGAUGCCUGACGGCAGCGUACACGUCUACUGGCGCGAUUGGGAGGUUGCGGAUAUGGUUAGUACUCUAUGUCCCUGAGGCU